ACUAAAUAGAGCUGAUAAGUCCAACUCCAACUUCAUGAUGGAAUGUUCAAAUAUUCUAACGAAAAAUGUAAGCACAAUUUGGGUUCAGAUACCUUGCCGAUUAACCGACUGAAAAUUCUCAUCAGGUAAUGGCGGAAGCGUUUUCAUUACAAAAAGUAGCUGUGGAAGAAUUGGACAUAAAUUCGUGGUUGCAACUGGUCCAAGCAGUGGCUGCGGAAUCAAUUCUUAUCAGGUAAGAAUAAAAGAGAGAGAGCCAUCGAACUUAUCGCCGUAGAAGAUCCUGGUUUUUCUUUAAAUUGGGUUCCCUCCAUUUCUAUUGCUUUUUCUACUACGGCUAUCUGCAACAAAUGAAUAAAUGCACUCACUUCUGUGGCCAAAGCAUUUUAAAUCUAUUCUCUUAGCAUGUAAAGACAGACGAUCCAUUUCUAGAGUCCAUGCGCUUGUAAUCUUAACUGGUCUUACCGCCCACAAGAACUGCCUUGCUCAUUUGAUAGCCUCGUACGAGGGUAUUGAUGAUAUUACAUCAGCCCGGUAUGUGUUCGAUGAAUUUCCUCAACGGGGUGUUGAUGCUUGGAAUGCCAUUAUUAUUGCUUAUUCUCGCAAAGGUAACCCAUAUGAGGUUUUGGGUCUUUAUAAGAGGAUGAUAGUUGAGGGAGCUAGGCCUGACAGCUCCACUUUCACGGUGGCAAUUAAGGCCUGUGCUAACUUGAUGGACUUGAGAAUGGGGGAGGAAAUUCAGCGCCAAGCUGCGGAUUUUGGUUAUGAGAAUGAUGAUUUUGUUGGGUCAUCAGUGUUGAACUUGUAUGCAAAGUGUGGGAAGAUGGAAAAAGCAAUGAUGGUGUUCGAUAAAAUGCCAGAAAAGAAUCUUGUGGGUUGGACUACUAUGGUGACUGGUUUUCUGCGUAGUGGGCAGCCAUGCAAAGCGAUUGAUAUGUAUCGGAAGAUGCAGGAAGAGAGGAUAGAAGGAGAUGAGGUUGUCAUGCUGGGAUUGAUUCAGGCUAGCGCGCAAGUUGGCGACAUAAAGUUCGGUCUCUCAAUUCAUGGGUAUAUGAUUAGGAGAGGCUUUCAUAUGGAUGUCGUUGUUCAAACCAGCCUUGUGGACAUGUAUGCUAAGAAUGGAAAAUUGGGGCUUGCUUUGCUUGUGUUCAAGAAGAUUGACAACAAGACUGUUAUUUCGUGGAGCGUGCUUAUGUCCGGCUUUGCACAGAAUGGUUUUGCAGAAAAUGCACUUGAAUUGAUAGUCGAGAUGCAGUGUCAUGGAUUCAGACCAGAUUCUUCUUCUCUUGUAAGUGCACUUCUGGCAUGUGCACAAGUUGGUAUUAUGAAAUUUGGUAAAUCCAUACAUGGAUAUAUAAUGAGAAGGUUUGAUUUUGAUCAAGUUUCAGGUACUGCAGUUAUUGAUAUGUACUCAAAAUGUGGAUCACUUUCAUCUGCUCGUGCCGUCUUUGAUCGGAUUGAAUCAAAAGACUCAAUUUCUUGGAAUGCCAUGAUAGAGAGCUACGGAGUCCAUGGGCUAGGAAAGGAAGCUCUGUCACUUUUCCUGCAAAUGACACAAACAAACAUACAACCAGAUCAUGCAACUUUUGCUUCUCUCCUGUCAGCUUUUAGUCAUUCAGGACUAGCAGAAGAAGGUCUACAGUGGUUCAAUCUCAUGGUCAGUGAAUAUAAGAUUCAACCAAGGCAGAAGCACUAUGCUUGUAUGGUCGAUCUUUUGGCUCGAGCAGGACGAGUGGAAGAAGCUCAUCAGCUAAUACAAUCAAUGAACAUUGAACCAGGACUCGCCAUUUGGGUUGCCCUACUGUCUGGCUGCCUUAGUUAUGGGAAGUCUCUAAUCGGAAACAUGGCGGCUGCAAUGGUACUUGAGUUAAAUCCAGAUGACUUGGGAAUUUAUGCUCUGGUUUCAAACUAUUACUCCAUGACCAAGAAGUGGGACAAAGUAGCUGUUGUGAGGAAGAUCAUGAAAGAGAAACAAAUGAAGAAAGUACCUGGUUAUAGUGCUGUGGAAGUGAAUGGAAAGCAUCAUGCAUUUCUUAUGGAAGACAAAACCCACCAUCAACAUGAAGAUAUCAUGCAAAUAUUGGAUAGUAUGGAUAAUGAUAUGAGAUCUAUCAAAAAUCUCUCCACAACUGUAUUUAUAUUGCAAGAUCUUCCAGAGGAGAGCUAGAGAAAGAGGCUUGUCAUGCAAGGUAUAAAAUCGUUGAUCAUAUUAAGAGCUUCUUGCUGAAGUUGUAGGAGGGCAUGGAGAAUUUUUCUCAUCAUCAAGAUCAAUCUAAUCAGUUCCCUCUAACCAACAAUGGCUGUAUGGCUGUAUGUCGCUUCGUUUCCGAUGAACCUGAACUCUCAUGUCAUCUCGAGAAAGCAAAUAAGCGGCAUGGAAGGUCAAUACAACCAGCAAAAUGUGCAGGAUUUCUUCAUUCAACUAGCAAUAUUUGCAUAAUGUGUGUAUAACCAGUUAACCACUGGGUAACUCUAGGACCCAUCAACUUAAAGGAGAUUUUGAUGACAAUAAAAUAAAUAUAUUGAGAAGGAAA